AUGCCCCGUCUUGCCCGAAGCAUUGGUGAAUGGAGGUUUAAGAACAGCCUGAAUCCACCAACAUGUGAUUCCUGUCAGCUCACUCUGGAUCUCAACACAGUGAAUAAAAACCUCUGUCUGUCUGAGGAGAACAGAGUGAUUACUGCCACUGAAUCAGUCCAGCAGUAUCCUGAUCAUCUGGACAGAUUUCAUAAUUUUUAUCAGGUGUUGUGUCAAGAGAGUGUGUGUGAACGCUGCUACUGGGAGGUGGAGUGGAGCGGUCGUGCUGUGUGUAUAUCAGUGUCAUAUAAGACCAUCAGCAGGAAGGGAUCUGGUUCUGAGUGCAUGUUUGGAUAUAAUGAUCAGUCCUGGGGUUUGUUCUGCUCUUCCACCAGUCAAACAGUCAACAACAUAAAUACUAAACUCCCAGAGGUGUGCAACUCAAGUAGAAUAGGGGUGUAUGUGGAUCACAGUGCAGGAACUCUGUCCUUCUACAGCGUCUCUGACACAAUGAUCCUCAUCCACAGAGUCCACACCAUAUUUAUGCAACCUUUGUAUCCUGGGUUUAGAGUUUGUAAUCAUGAAUCAGCAGUGAAACUGUGUGGCAUAACAAACUAG